AUGGGUUACAUCGACUACAGCCGACCAAACUAUAGGUAUUGCUCCUGGGGGGAAGAUGAAGAGUUCGACUACGACUUCGACUAUGAGGACAGGUUCGUUGUGGACCAUAAUACCGGACGUCGCCUGCGCCGCUGGCACGAAACGCUCUACCUCAAGCUGUCGACGAGUGUGAGGUACGACAAGAUCGGUGUCAGCUUCUCCAUGGAUCAAGGCAAGCGAGACUCAUACAUGUGCUUCGCGCCGGAAGAGUCAAUCGACACUGCCAUCGCGUACCUUGCGAAAGAGGAGCGGGAGGAGGAUAUCUGCAUCGAGGAACCUGUGUACUUCGAACGCGUACCCGACGGCGAGGACGGUAGCAGUGACGAUUCGUUUUGGCAGCACAUUGACCGAAAGCCAUGGCUCGGCGCGAUCAUGGAGGGAUUCUCGCAACGUCUGAUCAAGGACCUCUCCAUAGACCGGGAGGAGCCGCCGCUCAAGGAUGAGAUCGAUGACAUGUGGCCACCGACAGGAGAAGAAAUCGACGAGACAUGCGAUGCGUACUGCUUCGAACUUCUGCCCAUUGCGGGCAGCGAUCCGCUUGGCCUCCAGAUGCUCAGCUGUCGGCUGCGUUGGGGCCCCGAUUGGCACGAACAAGACUACACGAAGAUGACGGAUGAGUAUAUCGCCGUCAAGCUGAAUCGGUCGCUUGCAGACGUCAUCAGGCUCAUGGCUGGCCUCCUCGACAUCAGAUUGGACUCUACAGUCCACAUCUUGCAGAUCCGGGACAGCUACGGGAAAGAACUUCGGACAUACAACCGGCUCGAGGACUGGUUCCGACUCGGCUGGACGAAGGCGCACCUCGUUGCGCAUAUCAGCCAGCCCAACUACAAUUGGGCAAGACGAGUAAACGGUUGCGACAUCGAUGACGACCUCGACGAUGAGUACGACUUCUCGGACAAGCGGCUCUGGAGCGAGACGUUUUACAUGGAGCUCACUGUCGAGCGUGACACGGUGCGAGCAGCGUUCUUGAAGUACGAAGAGGCGGAGAUAAUUCGAGGAAGAGCCCGACAUAUUCAAAGCGCGACACUGAAGGAAGGCACUGGCAGUUGCUCCGCUUUGGCGCAACACUGGGCGAGAUUAUGGAGGGCUACACCCGCCGCCUCAUCAAAGUCGAGUGCCGCCCUCGACCUUGUACAGGUAGAAGCAGAGUGGGAGGAUGAGCCAGACGAUAUGGAGCCGUACUCGGCCCAAUAUAUUUCAGAAGAGUGUGACAUCUACCGCUUAGAAUUUGAGCGGGACGAUAACCUCCUCCGGCAUGACAAGUUUCUAGUGCGGGUGCGCUUGCGUUCGGUCUCGCACUGUGCUCCUGAGGAUAUCGAGCCAGACCCCGAUGAGUACAUGGCCUUCCGGCCCGAUCGCCUUGUGCACGAUAUGCUCAGCGCGCCCGAGAUGACAACCACGACCUCCCCUCCUCGCCGCUCGUCUCGCGCCCGCUCGAGCGUUUCUCGGUACACGCCGGCGACAGCUCCGAGUGCUGCCCUUGUCGGAAAGGUCACUCGGCCGCGCAAGACUGUGAAGGCUGCAGCGAAGCCCAAGACUACCAAGACGACCAAAGCUCCCAAAGCGAAAGCAACCCCCACCGUGGAGGGUGUGCUGCUGUUCCGGCUCUCGCCCUCUUGCGAGACGUUCGACAUCACGUGGUCUGAAGCGGCUUAUGGGCAGGGUUUGAGCUUGCGCGGCGGCGAGAGUCUGGAUGAGGUCGUGCGCAUGUUCUGCCGACUCACGGAGACAAAGCCGGUCGGCAAGAUCAAGUUCUUGGACAUUGACGGUGAGGUCUUGGACGCCGACACCGAGUUGGGCGACGCGAUGGGCGAUGAGGAGGGGUGGGUCAAGGCUGUAUUCAAGGCUACAUGA